CCUUUGCACAAGGGUUUGCUGACCCGGGGCGGUGCUGCACUGCUGUCCCACUGACUGAGCGUGUGGGCACGUGAGCAGCAGAGAUGCAGAUAGCCCGGCAGGAUGCUGCACUGCUGUGAUUAGAACAAUCAGCCCAUCACAUAUGGUUUCCUGGCUGUAGGGUACAGAUGCUGUGAGCUAUAAAUCACCCCUUGGGCAGCAGGAGGGAGGCUCAGGGCUCCAGGCAUCCAACGUGGAGAGGAGAUGCGUCGUCCCCAUUGCCCGCUGCUGCUGGUCCUGCUGCUGCUGCUCUCCUGCCCAUGGGCUGAUGGCAGUGCUGUGAGGGGUCAGAUCAUUGGGGGCCACGAGGCCAAGCCCCACUCCCACCCCUACAUGGCGUACCUGAAGAUCAGGCAGUCCGCCUGCGGGGGGUUCCUGGUGGCCCCUGACUGGGUGAUGACGGCCGCACACUGCUUGUCAGGGAACAUCACCGUCGUCCUGGGGGCUCACAAUGUCUACGAACCAGAGCAGAGCCAGCAGGUCCGAGGGGUCCUCAGAUACCACCCACACCCCGCAUACAACCCCGACACCAUGGUCAAUGACAUCAUGCUGCUCAAGCUGACAGCGAAGGCCAAGCUCAACAAAUACGUUCACACCAUUUCACUGCCCAAAACCAGCAGCGACCUCCCCACGGGCACCUCGUGCACCAUCGCAGGAUGGGGCCUGAUUGAUAAGGAGCAGAUAACCGGCAAACUCUUUGAAACCCAAGUCUCCAUCUACAGCCGCAGGAAAUGCGUCCUGUUCUACCCGCACCUCGACAGCGGCAUGGUGUGCGCCGGCAGCUUCCACCAGCUGAAGGACUCCAGCCAGGGUGAUUCCGGAGGGCCACUGGUGUGCAAUAACGUGGCACAGGGUGUUGUUUCCUUCGGGUACGAGAGCCCUCCUGGUGUCUAUGCUCGCAUUGCCAACUACCUGCCCUGGAUCAAGAACAUCAUGAAGAAGUAACAGUGCAGUGUCAGCGUGGCCCUGGACACCUGCUGGGUUCCUUCCUGCCCCCACUAACAGCUCCAUUUCCCUCUCUCUGUCCCUGAGAACCCAAGUGUCCCAAUGGAUCCCUCCCUUUGCUCCAAGGCUGAUCGCUGUCACACUGCCGGCCCGUUUUGGUGCCACGUUAGUUCCCAUAUGGUACCAGAAUGCAGUGGCACCACCACAGAACCCAUUUCCAUUGGACACCCCUGCCCUGCUUGAACCUCAAUGCACCUGAAACAACCCCAGUAAAUUCUGAGCUGCGUUCCCCAGCA